AUGGCGUACAGUUUCGAUCCGAACUAUCCUCAGCAAGCACGACAGACUGUACUGCGCGGCAUUGAGAGAUGGAACCAAGUUUUGGGCGACUGUCUCCCGCUUCAGCCAAGAAGAGCCGGCGAUCGCGACUAUAUCAACGUUUUUAAUGGCGGAGGCUGGCAGAGUCAGUUUACAAAAGAAUCCUCCAGAGACAUCGGGAAAUAUACAGACUACGACAUUUACUCGAUCAUGCACUACUCCUACCGUCAUCCGAGCUGGUCCAUCAACAAUCGACCCGGUUUCACCUCAAAGAUCCCAAAUGUCGACUACAGCAGGAUCGGGACCGGAGACGACUUCACCCAGAGCGAUGUGCUCGCUAUCAGACGGAUGUACAAAUGCCCAGCGCGCAAAUUUAACACUAUCGUCAACAACAACAACAGCAACAACCGCAAUGGAACCAAGGAUAGAAAGCCCAUUCUCUGUUCCAACGUGUAG